CACAAGUCGACGAGAGAGGGAAGUGAAGUUGGUGUCGCCGUUUUUAUUGUGGAAGAAACGCCUCGUUGCACUUCACUUGACCGGAGGUUGGAAACUGAAGGAAAAACGUCUCCCCAUAAAGAUUCAGUGCUCAGGCUGAGAUGACGACACCUCUGGACCUUGCUGCCAGGGCCUCAGGAGGAACCUUUGUGAUAUAAGUGGUGAUUGGUGGUGGCUUUCACUGGCCGCAAAACUGCCAAACACAGACUCUCACGGACUCUUGGGUGACAUGUGAAGGUGGUAGAUCAUUGUGAGGUGCUGAUUGAGCUCAGGAUGCUUUGAUGCAGAGGAGUAGCAGCUCUACUUUGAGCCCCUAUUGAAUCUCUAAGGCUGAUUUCCGUUGCUUGUGUCCAUGAAAUUGUUUUUUUUGGUCACUACCCAAAGCUUGUGACCAAUGCAAAGGUAGGAACAUAGAUUGACCAGUAAAUCAAAAGCUUUGUCUUCCAACUCAGCUCUCUCUUCAGCAUGACAGAAAAUUUAUGAACAGAAUCGGAUCGGUGACCCACCACCCACCAGGACUGAGUUUGACUUACUGUCAGCAAUGCAAACUAAGCUUUUGCCUCUGUUAUACAGGGACCUGACAGCCCGUAACAGCACACAUGGCACAGUACAGGUUUCAUUACAGCUGUGUUUUAAACGCUUCUCACAAAUGCAACGAAAACAAAUCGGUAGCUAUGUAUAACUGCACAUGGGGAACAGCGAGCUGGUUCCAGUAAUAUCAGGCAGUAAUACUGAUUGGUUGUCCACGGUGAAAACAUCAUUCUGUGCGGCAAUAUUUUUAUUUACUAGCUACUAACUACAAUGUAACUUAAGUAGCAGUGGUAUAACCGACAAAGAAUGUAGCGCUAGCUUGAAACCAGCUAGUUUCAAUGUAUGAUUUAUGGUACUUUUUACGCCUGAACUUACGAUCAAACUUACGCUAAGCUGGUGCAACCCACUGCUGAUCAGGCAGGCCGUUCCUCUCAGUCACGCCCUUCAGGUUUCACUGCCAUUACCCACAUGAGCAUUAAAUUCCCUCCAUGGGAUUCCAAUGGAAUCCCUACAGACGGAUCCUUCCAGCACCCUGCUUAAAGUCUCCAAGAAGGCCAGAUAUUCUGAACUAUUAUUUGGUGCACAGACCACUGUUAGAUCCCCUGCCUGGAAUGAGGAAUCACCGGAGUGAACUCCAACAUACUGGCUCCAAAGUGGGGGGAGGUGAGGCUAUGAGUAUAGCAAACUCUAGGAGUUCGGUUCCAGGGCCCGUGCUAUGCAUUGACGUGACGUGACUAUAUCCAGACAAUAUCUCUACAUCCAGCACCAACUACUUUGCCGCCAGAGAGGUUAUGAUUAAUGUUGUUCCUAAAGCCAGUUUCAGUAACUGAAGAUUGGUCUACCAAGGCCCCGGCCUUCGGCUGCCACCUGAUCCACAUAACACACAACCCCCUGAAGGUGGCGGACCCACUAGAAUUUAAGAAGACUCACAGCCCUUAGAAGACAGAGUGUGCCAUGAGUUAUUGACAUCAUUUUCUCAAUUAUGGUUGUGUGGGGAAGAAAGGGCAAAUACUUUGUGUUGCGAGGUAGCAUGACAAGAAAUUCAGCAGUGAAGGGGAUAAAUUAGUGAAAAUCUUAUAGUUGACAAGUUGACAUGAACACCGUGGAUCAGGAAGGUCAGGUGAAGGUCAGGUGAAGGUCAGGUGAAGAGCACAAUCACUGGUGCUUCCCAUCAUAGAAAACUCUUCUGUUUUGUUUUGUUUUUUCACAUUACCCAUUUAGUUUACCUUCUUCUGAAGCAAAAGCAUCUUGCUGUAUGUUUUAAUGCCGCUGCAUUGAUUUCAAGCCUGUUUCUACUUUCAUUCUCACAUAAACACCUCAUAAGUUCCUCCCAUGUAUUUCUCACACGUGGGAUAAAAUGAAUAAAUUAUUAAGAAUGCUUUCCUAGUUAAUUUUAAGAAAAUAUUAUGCAUUGCACUGCAUGGUGGUGCACUGGUCGGUACUGUGGCUUUAUACCUCGGGGCCCAGGGUUUGAGCCUCUGCCCCAGCUCGAGGUGUGUAGAGUCUGUGUUCUCUCCCUGUAGCUUUAUACCUCAGGGCCCAGGGUUUGAGUCGCCUCCCCAGCUCGAGGUGUGUAGAGUCUGUGUUCUCUCCCUGUGGCUUUAUACUUCGGGGACCCAGGGUUUGAGUCUCCGCCCCAGCUCGAGGUGUGUAGCGUCUGUGUUCUCUCCCUGUAGCUUUAUACCUCAGGGCCCAGGGUUUGAGUCUCCUCCCCAGCUCGAGGUGUGUAGAGUCUGUGUUCUCUCCCUGUAGCUUUAUACCUCAGGGCCCAGGGUUUGAGUCGCCUCCCCAGCUCGAGGUGUGUAGAGUCUGUGUUCUCUCCCUGUGGCUUUAUACCUCAGGGCCCAGGGUUUGAGUCGCCUCCCCAGCUCGAGGUGUGUAGAGUCUGUGUUCUCUCCCUGUAGCUUUAUACCUCAGGGCCCAGGGUUUGAGUCGCCUCCCCAGCUCGAGGUGUGUAGAGUCUGUGUUCUCUCCCUGUAGCUUUAUACCUCAGGGCCCAGGGUUUGAGUCGCCUCCCCAGCUCGAGGUGUGUAGAGUCUGUGUUCUCUCCCUGUAGCUUUAUACCUCAGGGCCCAGGGUUUGAGUCGCCUCCCCAGCUCGAGGUGUGUAGAGUCUGUGUUCUCUCCCUGUAGCUUUAUACCUCAGGGCCCAGGGUUUGAGUCGCCUCCCCAGCUCGAGGUGUGUAGCGUCUGUGUUCUCUCCCUGUAGCUUUAUACCUCAGGGCCCAGGGUUUGAGUCGCCUCCCCAGCUCGAGGUGUGUAGAGUCUGUGUUCUCUCCCUGUAGCUUUAUACCUCAGGGCCCAGGGUUUGAGUCUCCUCCCCAGCUCGAGGUGUGUAGAGUCUGUGUUCUCUCCCUGUGGCUUUAUACCUAGGGGACCCAGGGUUUGAGUCUCCACCCCAGCUCGAGGUGUGUAGAGUCUGCGUUCUCUACCUGUGGCUUUAUACCUCGGGGCCCAGGGUUUGAGUCGCCUCCCCAGCUCUAGGUGUGUAGAGUCUGCGUUCUCUCCCUGUGGCUUUAUACCUCGGGGCUCAGGGUUUGAAUCUCCGCCCCAGCUCGAGGUGUGUAGAGUCUGUGUUCUCUCCCUGUGGCUUUAUACCUCGGGGACCCAGGGUUUGAGUCUCCUCCCCAGCUCGAGGUGUGUAGAGUCUGUGUUCUCUCCCUGUAGCUUUAUACCUCAGGGCCCAGGGUUUGAGUCGCCUCCCCAGCUCGAGGUGUGUAGAGUCUGUGUUCUCUCCCUGUAGCUUUAUACCUCAGGGCCCAGGGUUUGAGUCGCCUCCCCAGCUCGAGGUGUGUAGAGUCUGUGUUCUCUCCCUGUGGCUUUAUACCUCAGGGCCCAGGGUUUGAGUCGCCUCCCCAGCUCGAGGUGUGUAGAGUCUGCGUUCUCUCCCUGUGGCUUUAUACCUCAGGGCCCAGGGUUUGAGUCGCCUCCCCAGCUCGAGGUGUGUAGAGUCUGUGUUCUCUCCCUGUGGCUUUAUACUUCUGGGACCCAGGGUUUCAGUCGCCUCCCCAGCUCGAGGUGUGUAGAGUCUGUGUUCUCUCCCUGUGGCUUUAUACCUCGGGGCCCAGGAUUUGAGUCUCCGCCCCAGCUCGAGGUGUGUAGAGUCUGCGUUCUCUCCCUGUGGCUUUAUACCUCGGGGCCCAGGAUUUGAGUCUCCGCCCCAGCUCGAGGUGUGUAGAGUCUGCGUUCUCUCCCUGUGGCUUUAUACCUCGGGGCCCAGGAUUUGAGUCUCCGCCCCAGCUCGAGGUGUGUAGAGUCUGCGUUCUCUCCCUGUGGCUUUAUACCUCGGGGCCCAGGGUUUGAGUCUCCGCCCCAGCUCGAGGUGUGUAGAGUCUGUGUUCUCUCCCUGUGGCUUUAUACCUCGGGGCCCAGGGUUUGAGUCGCCGCCCCAGCUCGAGUUGUGUAGAGUCUGCGUUCUCUGCCUGUGGCCUUAUACCUAGGGGACCCAGGGUUUGAGCCUCCAUCCCAGCUCGAGGUGUGUAGUCUACAUUCUCUCCCUGUGGCUUCAUAGCAUUUCCUCUUGGUCCUCUGGUUCCCCCCGUCCAAAAAACGCUAGGGAAAAUUGGAGUUACCAAAUUGCCCAGAGGUAUGCAUGUGUACAGUAUGUGAAUGGUGUGUAGGUGUGCCCUGUGAUGGGUUGGGUUUUUUUUUGAGGGAGGAAUAUAAUAAUGUACCACAAUUUAUUGUUUAAUUUGAUAGUGGGCAUUUCCAGCAUUAUGGAUUUGACUUUUUGAUUCAUAGUGGCAAACAAAAUGCAUCAGGGCUUGGACAAGCUUGGCAUCAAUGCAGCCAUUUGCAUAUAUUUUCAUAUAACCGCUUAGGAUGGAAAUAGACAAAUCCUUCAAAUUGAUGUAUUAAUUUACAUGCUAGAAAUACACAUAAUUUUAUCAGCAUUGUAGAUGUGACAUCAAAUGGACCUUUGCAUAGAACUGACAUAGUGUGAAUAGCUUAUUUAGCAAAGUUGGAAGAAAGAGGUGUGUGGGUCGGGAUGGCACAGUUAAAAUGCGGACUGGCUGUCAGCAGCAGGUUUAUUGGUGUUGGGGGGGGGUCGUUGUUUCCUUGAGGUUGGAUUACCGUCAGCCUUGUAUGCUAUUGAAUGCAAAGCCCUAAACAUACUUAGCAGAUAGACAUUACAAUGUUGUGAAGCUUAGAAGGUUAGGUAUCUGUACUCGUACCCCAAAGGUCAUGGGUUCGAAUCCCGUGGCCUGCAGAGUAAUUGCGCCACCCCUGUUUACUUCAGCGAGGUCUCUCACCCCCAGUUGCUCCAGGGACACAAGCUCUCCCUGCUCUCUGAUUCUCUCUCUCAUGCCACGUUUUGCCAAAAGCGUAAUAAUAAGCUGUGUUCACUAAUUCAGAAAAUAAUCAAGCAUCUGAUCUGAAAUGAGCUGAAGAUUAAUUGAAACCUAGAUAUGGAAACUAAGUAAUUUAAGAUUACAAUAAGAAUGAACUGCUAAGCUGAAUUGUCGCUCCACACCUAAAGUCUGAUCAUUAAUAGCAAAUGCACCAUUCUUUUCAGAAGGUGACACAUCAUAACUUCAAACUUGAACACGCCACUCCUUUUAAACACAUAUAAGUGUGCUUUACAUACAGCACAAAUGAAAGUAUAAAGUACUGUGUAUUUUGUAUCUACUGUAGCAUCAGUCAUUCUCCAUUCUUAAAUGAUCUUAGUCAUAAGCCUUUCUGAAUAAAAACCAUGAUAACAUACAAGACGGGGCAGAGAAACUGUGGCAGAUAAUGGGGCUGAACACUUAACAGGGGCUGCUGAAGGGGACCUGGGCCCACCCCCCACGGGGUAAGGAGUGAACACUGAUAUCGCUCAUUACUGCAACCAUCACAUGACAAAGCACUUCAGGGUUGAGAACCCAAGUGCAACCGUGUGGUGGCUGAUACCGCAGCACCACAUUAGUCUGAAUGCAAUGGAACAGGAUUAGUUUUUCCCAGUGGCUGAAGUGCCGAUCUUGCACACCAGCUCCCCCAAAUUCUCCCUGUAAGUUGGAGAACCUGCUUGUAGGGCUGGAUGUAGAUUAACAUCAUACCCAGGAUGAAGCAAUUGCAGGUUAAGGGCCUUUGCUCAAGGGCCAGUGGAGUAGGAUCACUCUUGACAUUUAUGGGAUUUGAACCAGCAACCAUCCAAUUAUUGUCACAGAGCCCCAGCGCCACCACUCAACCCCGCCAGAACCCAGGAUAAUAUUAUGCCUGGGGCCCCUGAAUCUCUAAUUAUGCACCUGCAUAUAACCACAAAAUAAGAAGAGUUACCUGGCACUUCUGAGAACUCUUUUGGCUUCCAUUUAAAAUAUUGUUAGAAAUUAUUAAAUCAUUUAGCUAAGUAAACGUUUACCAUAAUUCGGCUCCCAUGACUGCAAUCCGUUUGCCUUGUGAGCACGGCAGUUCUGUACCAUGUCUACGUGACCAACGUUUUUGUCCAAAGCACCACAGACAGGCGAUAAGCUUGGGGUUAGAGAGCUUGGUGAGUUAGAACUUCUGAGCAUGUGUCUGGAUUGUUAACAAAGAGCUGCACUCCACCCUGACAGUCUCAUGACCAGCUUCAAGCCCUUAACCUCCAUCUUACGGCGUGGGUGCCACUACCUAAGCAUGAAACAGGAACUGAGAGAUGGGAUGGGAGUUUCAUUAACACCCUUGGGAUAAAACAGGCUGGGCGGACAGAACAAGAACAUCCAAGGCAGUCUGAACAAAGGAUGAACCAACGCAAAAAGCGCAAGAGCCGGAACAUUGCACCAGUCUCUCUGGCUCUGAUCUGUGACAAAAGGACUAUUUUAUACACUAAACAAUCCACAAUUGAUUACUGGUAUGUGGCAUUUCCCAGAACAUCCACACCCUCUCUGCUUCACAGUGUCUUAGUUAAUGCUUGCCAUUAAUACAAAAAACUCAUCUCGUUAAAACAUUGAAUUAAUCUGAUUGACACUCUAUUGCUUAGCCUUCCAUGACAUACAUACGACUUAGGGAAUUAUUUAUUAUUAUCAUAUUUAUUGUUUAUUUAUAGUAUAGUAUUGCUGGCACUGGUUUUAUACACUCACCGGCCACUUUAUUAGGUACACCUUGCUAGUACCGGGUUGGACCCCCUUUUGCCUUCAGAACUGCCUUAAUCCUUCGUGGCAUAGAUUCAACAAGGUACUGGAAACAUUCCUCAGAGAUAUUGGUCCAUAUUGACAUGAUAGCAUCAUGCAGUUGCUGCAGAUUUGUCGGCUGCACAUCCAUGAUGCGAAUCUCCUGUUCCACCACAUCCCAAAGGUGCUCUAUUGGAUUGAGAUCUGGUGACUGUGGAGGCCAUUUGAGUUCAGUGAACUCAUUGUCAUGUUCAAGCAACCAGUCUGAGAUGAUUCGAGCUUUAUGACAUGGUGCAUUAUCCUGCUGGAAGUAGCCAUCAGACGAUGGGUACACUGUGGUCAUAAAGGGAUGGACAUGGUCAGCAACAAUACUCAGGUAGGCUGUGGCAUUGCAACAAUGAUCAAUUAGUACUAAGGGGCCCAAAGUGUGCCAAGAAAAUGUCCCCCACACCAUUACACCACCACCACCAGCCUGAACCGUUGAUACAAGGCAGGAUGGAUCCAUGCUUUCAUGUUGUUGACGCCAAAUUCUGAUCCUACCAUCCAAAUGUCGCAGCAGAAAUCGAGACUCAUCAGACCAGGCAACAUUUUUCCAAUCUUCUAUUGUCCAAUUUCGGUGAGCCUGUGCGAAUUGUAGCCUCAGUUUCCUGUUUUUCUUUCUUUCUCAGUUUUUCUUUGCUGACAGGAGUGGCACCCGGUGUGGUCUUCUGCUGCUGUAGCCCAUCUGCCUCAAGGUUCGACAUGUUGUACGUGCGGAGAUGCUCUUCUGCAUACCCAUGGUUGUAACGAGUGAUUAUUUGAGUUACUGUUGCCUUUCUAUCAGCUCGAACCACUCUGGCCAUUCUCCUCUGACCUCUGGCAUCAACAAGGCAUUUUCGCCCACAGAACUGCCGCCCAAUGGAUGUUUUCCCUUUUUCGGACCAUUCUCUGUAAACCCUAGAGAUGGUUGUGCGUGACAAUCCCAGAAGAUUUUGCAAUACUAAGACCAGCCCCUCUGGCACCAACAACCAUGCCACGUUCAAAGUCACUUAAAUCACCUUUCUUCCCCAUUCUGAAGCUCGGUUUAAACUGCAGUAGUUCGUCUUCACCAUGUCAACAUGCCUAAAUGCAUUGAGUUGCCACCAUGUGAUUGGCUGGUCAGUAAUUUGCGUCAAUGAGCAGUUGGACAGGUGUGCCUAAUAAAGUGGCCGGUGAGUGUAUAUAGUUUACAUAAAAGAAUAAAUGGAAAAAAAAACUAAUUAUUGCAAAUUUUAAUAGGUACUGUGUAUGUGGCAGAGCGUGAGUCUUGAGGCUCAGCAUCAGAAUGUUGUUGGAUCAAGCCCGGCCUCAGCAGUAUAGUUACAUGUCUGUGGGCCCCUGAGCGAGGCCCUUAAACCUCAGCCAAGUUCAUGUCCUUCAGCAAGUAUGUUCUUGUAUAUAUUCUUGCUAUCAAAAUAAUUUUGCAAUAGAGUAUCUGUGAUGCUAGCUGAUAACUGUCAUGGUGGUGCCUCACGGUGCUGAAAAAACAGCCCGAUAUCGAAAGAACAUGACAAUACCGUGUCCAGUUCUGUGUUUAUGUCAACCUUUACCUCAGAUAUGUAAAAGAUACCAUGAGAACUGAUUAAUAUGGCAUUGCAUAGCAUACAAUACAAUUACAUAUAAUAUAAUAUAAUAUAAUAUAUGAUUUUGCAGUAUGUGACUGUGAUCACGUAUGGGUUAGCUUGCCACUUGUGGGUGUGGACUAUAUAUAUGGGUCUGCUAUAUAAAUGCAUGUAAGUACAUUAAAGUUUAUAGUAACAGCAUAAAUAUCUUUCCAGCAGUACACUAUGUACUGUGGUAAACUGUAAACAGUAUCCGGCAGAACUUGUCUAUUUGGUAGUCUUAGUAAUUCCUGGCAAUGUAUGGCUUUGUGCUUUGGCAGCCUGUCCAGUCUCUGCCUGCUUUUAUUUUCUGUUCCCUUCAAUAAGGUGUAUUCAGAAACUCACCUUAAGUAAAGCUGUGGAACAUUUGCAGGUGUGUAAUUUUACUUUGUUGUGUCUUGUUUCUUAUUCUGGAAUUGAGCGUUUCCUCAAAGUAACUAAACGGUGUUGUCUGAUAAAUCGAUAAUUACUAUAUACAGUUCAUGGACAGGUUAUCCUGGGGGCAAUUUAAAGCUUUCAGCAGAAAAUGACUCAUGUUUCGCAUCGGCACGGCAUAUUGAGACACAAACAGCUUAAUACUGCACUUCUCAGAACAGAUGACUAAUUCACGUAAUGACAUUUCAUAAUAAACCGUUCACCAGCACAUUUCAGUUCAAUGUUUUCUUGGAGUUUUUUUUUUUUUUUUUUUUAUGAAAUCUGUGUGUUUGUGUGUGUGUGUGUGUGUGUGUGUACUGUUUCAAAGUUAUGAAUGUCUGAGUAUAUAUACUAUAAUACUAUGAAUUAGCAUGCUGUUAAAAGUGAUAUAUACACAUAUAAUGAAAUUUAUAUAUAUAUAAAAUUUAUGUUUGCUUUUUGUCAAAUGUUUAUGUAUAUUGUUAGUGACUAUUAUUGUCAUGGUAACAUUACAGUUAUACAUAUACUAUGGUAUGCACAGUGAACAUUCCAUACAUACGCUUAAUUUUUCUUUCUGUAGAUUUAUUUACACAUUUGCUUACAUAUGUGCUGUUUGUUUUUGUCUUGCUCUAAUCCUCUUUUCAACGGCGUGAGGGAUUACAUGCUGUAGGUCUCUGUGUACUGAAUACCCGUUAAACUCUUUAAAACACCAGUGGUAUUUUGAGCUUGUUUCUGAUCUCUUCUUCUUAUUAUUGAUAAUAAUAAUAUGUUUCAAUCAUGCAGCACUUUUACACAAUCUCAGUAAUGCUGACGUAGAAUAACGAAAACAAAUUUAAACUGAGAAAACAAAACAUUGAUCCAUAUCCCUAAGACACCGAUAUUGUUCUGGUUGUGCAACACUACCGCUAACUGCUAUCCGACCACUUAAGUGCUGCAAAAAAGCUGACUCUCUGUAAAGUUAUAGGAGAGGCUGCAAUUAAAAACGAAAAAUAAAACGUAACUCAGCCAAAAGGAAUGGGCUUGUGCUGUGUGCCAUGCUGAAAUUACUGCCCAGGUGGGAGUCUGUCAUCACUCUCGGGGUGAGACUCCAUUGAGAGAGACAGUGGCCGCAGAACUGCUAUUCACGGCAAUAAUAAUGAAGUAAAGGUGGCAAAACAGCCUUCUGAUGAUCAAGUCGCGGUAUGGAAAUUCUAGUGUCUAUAAUCAACAUCUUUCACUAUUUAUCAACUUCUGUUAAUGCUGCUGGUCUAAUUAUUUUCGCUUGGAUACUUGAAAUGGGAUUUCAGAUGGAAAGCAGAGCAUACAAGACAUUAUAUUCAUAUUAUGACAAAGAUGUGCAAUAAAAAGGCAUAGGAAGAGUGUUCUUUGGAAGGAGUGUUUGGUAAACUCUGCUACAAAGGUGCUGCAGAGAUUCAAUGACUUUGUCUAUUAUACAUAAAUUCAAGAUCCAUGUUACUAUGAUCGAUCAACAGCCUAAUACUGCAGAGGUUGUUUACGUAAAAAAGUAAUAUUCUGAUUUUCUGAUGUUGGGGGUGACCUGAUGGAGAUGAAGGUUCGGUUUUACUUGUGUGCAAUGUGUAUCUUCUCUGCGUGUCAUCAUGGGGUUUCCCCCCACAGUCCAAAAGCAUGCUAAGGUCAACUGGAGUUGGCAAGACUGCCCCUGAGUAUGAAUGGUGUGUGUGUGCCCUGUGAAUGGUGGGCGCCCCAUUCUGGGUCAUUCCCUGCCUUCUGCCUUUAGCUUCUGGGAUAGGCUGGGAAAGGUGUAAUGGGUGAGUAUCACAGUGUUCUCCUCUCACACUGCUCUCCUCUCACCUUCCCACAGCUGUGCGUAUCACAGUUCUCCUCUCACCUUCCCACACCUGUAUCACAGUUCUCCUUUCACCUUCCCACAGCUGUGCGUAUCACAGUUCUCCUCUCACCUUCCCACAGCUGUGUGUAUCACAGUUCUCGUCUCACCUUCCCACAGCUGUGUUUAUCACAGUGCUCUCCUCUCACCUUCCCACAGCUGUGUUUAUCACAGUGCUCUCAUCUCACCUUCCCACAGCUGUGUUUAUCACAGUGCUCUCCUCUCACCUUCCCACAGCUAUGCGUGUCAGUGUUCUCCUCUCACCUUCCCACAACUGUGCGUAUCACAGUUCUCCACUCACCAUCCCACAACUGUGCGUAUCACAGUUCUCCACUCACCAUCCCACAACUGUGCGUAUCACAGUUCUCCUCUCACCUUCCCACAGCUGUGCGUAAGACAGUUCUCCUCUCACCUUCCCACAGUUGUGCGUGUCACAGUGCUCUCCUCUCACAUUCCCACAGCUGUGCGUACCACAGUUCUCCUCUUACCUUCCCACAGCUGUGCGUACCACAGUUCUCCUCUUACCUUCCCACAGCUGUGUUUAUCACAGUUCUCCUCUCACCUUCCCACAGCUGUGUUAAUCACAGUGCUCUCCUCUCACCUUCCCACAGCUGUGUUCAUCACAGUGCUCUCCUCUCACCUUCCCACAGCUGUGUUUAUCACAGUGUUCUCCUCUCACCUUCCCACAGCUAUGCGUGUCAGUGUUCUCCUCUCACCUUCUCACACCUGUGUGUAUCACAGUUCUCCUCUCACCUUCUCACACCUGUGCGUAUCACAGUUCUCCUCUCACCUUCUCACACCUGUGCGUAUCACAGUUCUCCUCUCACCUUCCCACAGCUGUGCCUAUCACAGUUCUCCUCUCACCUUCCCACAGCUGUGCGUGUCACAGUGUUCUCCUCUCACCUUCCCACAGCUGUGCGUGUCACAGUGUUCUCCUCUCACCUUCCCACAGCUGUGCGUAUCACAGUUCUCCUCUCACCUUCCCACAACUGUUAAUAUCAUUUGUGAUAGAGCAGGUGAGACAUUGAUAUUGCCUGGUUGACCAACAGUUCAAAAAUGGUCAUUACUCAAUAUAACACAUUCCUAUAAAUAUAGAAAAAAGUAACACGCUAAUUUCAUUAAUCAGCAACAAAUGUUACUUGUUUCUUUUUGUUUUCCGUUUUCCUUUUCUGAAACAUAAGUGCGAUAGGUCAAAUGAAAAUUGUAUUCUCAUUUUUUCAACGUUAUGACUGUCCGUUAAGGCUGUCCAUUAAUCAGAGUUUAACAAAUAAUUACCUUUACAGCGUGCAGAAUUCCACACAGAAAUUUUGACAAGAUUAUAAAAAAAUUACAGAUUCAGCUGCUUUGUUUUUCAUAUGUUUCAAUUAAUUUGUAAAAUUCAACAAAAGAAUUUUUGCUUUUGUGAGUGUAGUAAAAUAGCAUGAAUUCAUCGAAACAUGGUCUGUCAGCAACUGCCUUUAAACUAAUACAGCCAAGCACUGGCAGCGAUAAGACUAUGGAGGCCGUAUUAAAUUUUGGCCUGGAUACAUUGAGUCAGGUUAUUUUAAUACUCAUGGUAUUCUUGUAUUUUAGGACUAUGUUAAUAAAUAAAACUAUGAUACUUCAUUCAGCACCAUGGGGAAAUCAUCUUUUCACCUAUCCCAUCUUGCUCUCCAUGAGAGACGCAAACAGAUGAGGUAAGCCUGUGGGGUCACAGCCAAACCCGGGAUAUGAACCUGCAACCUUCUGAUUUUGGAGACAGGCUCCUACUUCACUGAGCCACACACCAUCCCUUGGAAAAAUUUAUAAAUGCCUUGAGACUGUGCAGCAGAUCCUAGCUUUUCACAUUCAGCUGGCUUUGAUCUCCAGAAACCCAGAGUAUAAAUCCAAAGCACCAUGUGCAAGCUGCAUAAACAUCUGAGUUAAUCAGCACAGAGUCCUGAGCUGUAAUGCGAGCCUGCUCUUAUUUAUGGCAAACACAGCCAUUUGUUACCGAGUUACCCUAUCUCAACACCCUGAUAACCUGCCACAAUGCUUGAUAUCUGAACAGCCAACAGUAAGGUGAUUAAUCUGCUGCAGGAAAAUGAGUUUUAUUUGACGGUCACAGAUGGCGAAUCUAUAGCCUUUUUCGGGGAAAUUUAUAUAUAUACGACCACUGGAAUUGUGCAAGAAAGAAUUUACUUACUGUUUAAAUAAAAGAUGGAACAAUUGCCUUUGAGAAAUUGCCUGGAUGCAUGAGGUUAUUCCGGGCAAUAGUAAAGUGAUUCUAUUCAUUAAAGAUGAAUUGCAUGGGAGUGCGUGCAGACGGUUCUGUGACAUGUGAGCCCUGGACUCCUUUUUCAGUGACGGUGACUCACUUAGUCAAUUACAGAAACUGUCAUCUACAAUUAGUCUAUUACUGAAACUAUAUUAUGCAGUUAUUCUUUGAUGGUGUGAAAGACAAAACAAAAACAAGUGCGUUAUUGAACUCUUGCCCAUUAAAACAAAUGCUUCUGGCCUUCUUUGGGAAAUUCUGAAGCGUGUUGCGUCUUGUCAGGUGAGCUGCAGCUCCGCAGCCUGCGUAGAUGACUGAUCAAGUGAUGGCAGUGUUUGUGUUGAAAGAGUGACAAAAGCCUGACUAGUUUGUGUGUGUGUGUGUGUGCGUGCGUGCG